AUUUCACUAUAGUUUAUUCCAUGGUACUUCUUUCUCUCUUUUUUUUUGUUUUUGAAAACAUUCUUCCGGAGUAUUUAAUAUCAUAAUUAAAAGAUUUCACACUAUUGAAUAAUAAUAAUAAUCACAAUACCCACGAUAGUUUCUGAGAUUUUACUUUCUUUGAAUGAUAUCAGUCUCCUGUUUGAAUUCACCUUCUAUAAGGAAAAACUACUACUACUACUACUACUACUAAUAGUAAUAAUAAUCAAAACAUCACAAUCUUAUAAUAUUAGUAACUGUUAAGAGAAUUUAAAUAAAGGAACUACGACUACAUAACAUUUUAAUGAAUAAAUAAGUCAAAAUUAUUAUUAUUAUCAUUAUUAUUAUUAUUUAUAAUGGAAAUAAAUAAUACCAAUACUAAUAUGAAUACGAAUGGGGAAUUAUCGUUAAAAGAACAAAUACAAGGGAAAAUGAUGAAUUUCUUAACGAACAAAAGAGUUGUCAAGUCUGAAGCCAAUGCAGGCUAUGGACAAAUGAACACUGAUGGAUCAGGUGGGACAGCGUACACUGACAACACAUGUCAAGGCAAAUGCAUGUACUUCUUAUGCUGUCAUUGUUCAAAGCGUUAUUAUACGGCAUGGCUAUCAAGUCUAGGUUUUAUGAUUACAUUUGGUAUUCGUUGUAAUAUGAGCUGGGCUAUGUUGACUAUGCAAGCUAGACACAUAGCAGCAAAUCUGUCUCAUUUACCACAUUCUAAACAUUAUGAGCAUACACAUCAUGAAUCUGGUGAUCAUGUGGUUGGAUUUGGUGGACUGAUGAAUGUAACGGCGAAACCAGAUUUUUAUUGGACAGCUGGUCAAAGAGGAUUUGUGGAUAGUUCAUUCUUUUAUGGUUAUUUAAUAACUCAAAUACCUGGUGGAGUAAUAGCAGCUAAAUUUCCAGCUAAUAGAUUAUUUGGUAUAGCUGUUGGUGGAAGUGCUUUUUUAAAUUUAUUAUUACCAGCUGCUUGUAAAAUUCAUUUUGGAUUAGUUAUGACAAUAAGAAUGUUACAAGGUUUAGUUGAGGGUACGUCUUAUCCAGCGUGUCAUGGUAUAUGGAGAUAUUGGGCUCCACCACUUGAACGUUCUCGACUAGCAACAAUUGCAUUUUGUGGUUCGUAUGCAGGUGCAGUACUUGGAUUAUCACUUUCCGGUCUACUAGCUCAACAAAUGGGUUGGCAGUCACCCUUUUAUUUCUAUGGUGUUAUCGGUAUUAUGUGGUUCUUUUGGUGGUGGAAUGUAACGCAUGAACGCCCGUCUUUACAUCCAACUAUAUCAGAAGCUGAACGAACAUAUAUUGAGACUUCAAUUGGAGAGUCGCCUACAAUAAACGAAAGUAAAAUACCAAUUCCUUGGAGAAAAUUCUUUACAUCACUUCCUGUCUAUGCAAUAAUUAUUGCGAAUUUUGCAAGAAGUUGGUCAUUCUAUUUAUUAAUUACAAAGUCGCCAAAAUAUUUUCGUGAAGUAUUUGGUUAUAAUUUAGCUGAGACUGGAUUUUUGUCUGCGUUGCCACACUUAGUAAUGGCUGUUAUUGUUCCUAUCGGUGGACAGUUGGCUGACAAAUUGCGAAAAAAUACAUUAUCAACAACAGCUGUAAGAAAAAUAUUCAACUGUGGAGGUUUUGGAAUAGAAGCAAUCUUUUUAAUUGGUGUUGGUUAUUCAAAAACAAUUACAUCAGCUUUAGUAUGUCUUGUUUUAGCUGUUGGAUUUAGUGGAUUUGCAAUAUCAGGUUAUAAUGUUAACCAUUUGGAUAUUGCACCACGUUAUGCCAGUAUAUUGAUGGGUUUAUCUAAUGGUGUUGGAACAAUAUCUGGCAUGAUUUGUCCAAUUACAACAGAAUUACUUACCAAAAAUCAAAAUAAGGAAGGAUGGCCAAUAGUUUUUUUGAUAGCUAGUUUGGUUCACUUUGCUGGUGUUACAUUUUAUGCUAUCUUUGCAUCUGGAGAAAAACAACCUUGGGCAGAUGCACCUGAAGAAGCUCAAUGUAAUUGGCAACCACCAACCGAUUUACCAGCAGAGAUGAUGCACGGAGAAUAUGGCUAUGCAGAUCCAACUGAAAGAAAAGAUAAUAAUCUGUCUUUUCGAAGAGUAAGUAACCAAAGGAAUUCAUCAACUGAUAGUAAUCAAUUCUAUACUUCAAGUUCAAGAUAUACAUCGGGUUAUAAUCAAUCCACUGUAAAUGAACCACUAGUAAAUUCUCAAGGUUAUGGUUAUGGUGAAACUUUAAGUGGAACAACAAAAGAACAAAAUGUUAAUCCAUAUCAUCAAGGUUAUUAAAAAUAGCAUAAACAAAUUAAAACUAAUUUCCAACUAACCAUAACAAUAUCAAGAGUUACUUAUAUUAACCAGUAAAUCACUGAAAAGUUGUCCACAUAUAUACCUGGAUAAUCAAACAUCAUAAUAACCGUUUGUUUAAAAUUGAAAUUUCUAUGAAAGAAAUUCUAACUAUUAUUAUCAAUACAAUUACUGAUCUUAAAAGAAGAAUCUAGAAAACAUGUUUCACAUUCCUGUUGAUCUGUUAUUACAGAUUUUGUUUCCUUGUUUGUUUUCUCAUCUUUGCAACACUUUUAUUUAUCAGUAAAUAUAUAUGUGCAUUGUUUGAUUUUAUUCAUUGCAAACAAAAUAUGCAUAUUUAUUCCCUUAUUUAUUGAUUUAUUUAUUACUAAAUUUGUCUUAAAAAUUCUUUUCUUUCUUCUUUCAACCAUAUUGAUUAGCACAACUGUGAAAACCAAAUAUUUUAUUUAUUUAUUUAUUUAAUUGAAAUCUAAAUGGAUACAGCAUUUAUUGUUACUAUGCUGAUUAUCAUUAUCAUUAUUUGAAUGGAUAUGAAAUUGAUUUUGCCACAUUUGAGUUAGAUCUUUUGUCAAUAAGUAAUCAAAAUGAAAAGAAAAACAAUACUGUUUAACAAUUUCUUUUUUUAUUAUUCACUCUUACUAGUUUCCAUAUCUUGUAUUGCUAUCAUUUCUUGAAUUUUUUUUCUUUGUUACUGCCUUCUAAGGCUUGAAAUGUUCCUUGUUUUGUUUCAUUUUAUUCUAAAAAAAUUGCACAUCUAGUCUAAAGAAAUUGAUCUUAAUAAAAUAGGCAGUUUUUUGUUUCUCAUUUUACUUCUAUAAAAUAGACGCCCAAUUGAAUUAUUCAUUUUAUUUAAUAAUAUGAUAUGAUCUAUAUGGAUGCAUAUUUAUAGUACUAUCCAUCAUACCUGAUUUUUACUUUCUUUAUAAAUGAUGUUAGAAAUUUAAAAAAGUUCUCAUAAACUAUCCAAGUAUAAAGAAUAAUAAAGUGAACGUUUGUUUCCAAUAAUUUCAUCUUUAGACUCACCAGUUAUAAUUAUCGUAUUAGAUUGGGCGAAAUAAGAACUACGUAACCUAAUUAAACAACGAGAUUUGUUAAAAUAGUAAAUAUUUGCAUUAGUUAUUGUUUAAAUACGUCAUAAUUGUCUAAUUAAUUUAUGCAUGUCUUAUUUUUGGCAAUUGUAAUACAAUAAUUAUAGACUUAUAACUAUAGACUCUAUUGAUAA